CUGCAGACGAAGAAGAAAUGAAACGUUUUGGAGGCAAAAUAAACCCGCGUGUUGUUGUCAGUCAGCUGAUGUUAGUGUGUUUUCAACUCGGCCGCAUGGAUACAGCUCAUUUUGUACAUUCACUGUCUAGAGAGAGUUUAAUAAAUGCGGUGAACAGUGUUCAGCUUCAUGGAGACUAAAGCGGCUGUUGCGGUUCCUCCGUACGGACAUGUUGUUGCCAGCGAGAAGUGGAGAAACUCAUCACUUAUUCAAAGCUUAAAGGGUGGAGGUGUGAAAAUCCUCUUUGAGAAUGAGCUCGGUGUGGCAGAUUUCCACCUGCCCAACAAAAGCUCCAUCCUCUACGUGUCUGAGUGUGACAUCAUAGCAGGAAACAGCUACAAGAGGAAACUGGUUCGCUACAGAAAUAGCAGCGGUAGUUUCCAGGAGUUGGUGCUGGUGGAGAACACCAGACUCAGUGAGCAGUACUUCUCUGCUGUGCAGAAAUUUGUGCUGUUUGACCUCGGCCUGACUCUACUUCCGGUCAGUGGGCAGGCUGAGGCCUCACAGCUCAUCACUCAGAUCGUUCACAGAGAUGGCAAGGAGAACCCCUUUAGGAGGAGGACUUCAUCUCAGCUGCUGGACCCGCUGGUCCUGGCUCUAGUGCAGCAGGUCCCUGGGGUCGGCAGGGUCAAAGCUCUGGCCCUGCUGCAACAUUUCUUCAGCAUCCAGCAGCUCUGUAACGCCGCCCAAGCAGAGCUGGAGCCCAUAGUGGGUCAAGCUUCAGCUCAGCAAAUUCAUAGUUUCUUCCACAGACCCACAGGUGCUGGAUCCUGAAGACUCAACUCUGGGUCUUGUUUAACCAGGAAGGUUUGGACUUAAUGAUAAUGCAGAUUAAUUUCACUUCACAAGGACACAAAUUCUGUGAAAGAAAAGAUUGCAAUGACAAAACAAUCUAACUUUGCAGCAUUUUUCAAGUGUGCAACUGUAAAGAACAAUAUUUUUUACUGUUGACUAUGUGUGAGCAGCAAUGUUUGUGAGAUAUUUCAGCCUGGGCCAAAGUGGAGGACCAAAA